GAACGUGACAAGCAGUACUUGACAAAAGCAAUUGUGUCGGAAUUGGUACAAGCACUGAAGUUUAAGUGCGAUAUGAAUGAGCACAAUUACAUGACGAUAGUGGAUUUGAUACUGCAGGAUGCUGGAGAGAACGUUUCCGAGGAAAUUGCUGAUGACCAGUACAAUACAGCAGCGUGCGAUGCUGUGCGACCACAUCUUUUCGAUAUCAUCGAAUUCAUAUCGGACUUGCACGUACUUACCAAAGUCAAGAAAAUCACCAAUUUGGACAACAUCGGCGGUGACAUCAAAUCAUCGUUAUCGCAGGUGGUUGCUGUUGAAAUGAGCAGAUCAAGCCUACGCGAUUCGCGUACAGUGGUACCUACUCUUCUUAAUAGUUGUAGUUUAAUGGGAGUUUGUUGCUUUGUACAUGUUUUUGCCAGCACUGAGUGA